AUGGAGCAGAACUCAGAACUCAUUAGUGAUCAGAUCUUUCAAAGUGCAGAGAAUCCAUAUGAAUGCACUGAGCAUGGAAAAGCCUUUCACCAGCAAUUAUCUAUCAUUGGGCAUCAGAGAAUCCACACAAGAAAAAAUUUGUAUGAAUGUAAGGAGUGUGGAAAAGAGUUUCCUCAUAAGUCAAACCUAAUCAUACAUGAGAGGGUCCACACAGGGGAGGAAACUUAUGAAUCCAGGGAGUGGGGAAAAGGUUUUUCUACUAAGUCAAACAUGAAGGCACAUCACAGAAUGCACACUGGGGAGAAACCUUAUGAAUGUAGUGAGUGUGGAAAAUCUUUUUCUGAUAAGUCAAGAUUUAGAUCACAUCAGAGAAUUCACACAGGUGAAAAACCUUAUGAAUGUAGUGAGUGUGGAAAAGCUUUUCUUCAUAAGUCACUGCUCAUUAGCUAUCAGAGAAUCCACACUGGGAAAACACCUUACGAAUGUAGUGAUUGUGGAAAAGCUUUUACUCGUAAAUCAAACUUCAUUACUCAUCAAAGAACCCACACAGGGGAAAAACCUUAUGAAUGCAGUGAGUGUGGGAAAGCUUUUAUUUAUAAGUCAAGCAUGAUCAUACAUCAGAAAAUCCACACUGGGGAAAAACCUUAUGAGUGUAGUGAGUGCAGAAAAGGCUUUCCUUAUAAGCCACACCUCAUUACUCAUCAGAGAAUCCACACUGGGGAAAAACCUUAUGAGUGUAGUGAGUGUGGAAAAGCUUUUACUUGUAAGUCACACCUCAUUAGACAUCAGAGAAUCCACACUGGGGAAACACCUUAUGAAUGUAAUGAGUGCGGAAAAGCUUAUAUACGUAAGUCAUGCUUCAUUAGACAUCAGAGGGUCCACACUGGGGAAAAACCUUAUGAAUGUAGUGAGUGUGGAAAAGCUUUCAUUCGUAAGUCACACCUCAUUACUCAUCAGAGAAUCCACAGAGGUGAAAAACCUUAUGAGUGUAGUGAGUGUGGAAAAGCUUUUGUUCGUAAGUCAUACCUCACUAUUCAUCAGAGAAUCCACACAGGUGAGAAACCUUAUGAAUGUAGUGAGUGUGGAAAAGCUUUUAUUCAUAAUUCAUUCCUCAUUACUCAUCAGAGAAUCCACACUGGGGAAACACCUUACGAAUGUAGUGAUUGUGGAAAAGCCUUCUCUGAUAGAUCAAGCAUUAGAUCACAUCAGAGAAUCCACACUGGGGAAAAACCUUAUUGAUGUAGUGAGUAUGGGAAAGGCUUUCCUUAUAAGCCACAGCUCUUUAGUCAUCAGAGAAUCCACACUGGGGAGAAACCUAAUGAAUGUAAUUAG